ACGAGUAAAAUUAGAAACCCAAACCCAAAUGGAUCCAUUUCAAAUACCGACCACUAAGACUGGUGCGCGAGAUUUAAAACAAACGUACAGCAAGGCUGCCAUGUCUAGAAGCAAACAGCCCAUUCUAUGUUCACCAGUCCAUCACCAAUCUCCCACCCCACCUCCAGAAAUCCCCAAAUCCCAACUCAUCUUUGCCCCGACACCACACCAACCUCCCCUCCGCUCUGCUUCACUCAGGACCAGCACCACCAGCAGCACGCACGCUCCCACGCAGCAGAAAUCGACCAGGGAAGGACAUUCCCGGAGAAAUAAGCAAUCCGCAGAGACCAGCAGGAGGAGGAGAGCGAGCACACUCCCAAUGGGGUGCAGGAGCAGGGGAGGGAGUGGUAGCAGCUUGCUCAUCCCCCUCCUCUUGCUCCUCCCCUCCCUCCACCCCUCGCUUCAGCGCUCGUCGGUGUUAGUGUCGGCGGCGUCGGGGGGCGACGAGACGUACGUGGGCGUGACGAUCGGCACGGCGGUGACGAACCUGUUGUCGCCGUCGGACCUCGCGGCGUUCCUCCGCGCGCAGCACAUAACCCGCGUGCGCCUCUACGACGCCGACCCGCGCCUCCUCUCGGCGCUGGCCUCCUCCGGCACGCGCGCCAUCGUGGGGGUCCCCAACGACGAGCUCCUCGCUCUGGGCUCCUCCCCUGCGACGGCCUCCGCGUGGGUCGCCCGCCGCGUGCUCCCCUUCGCGGGCGUCAACUCCACCACCCCGAACAUCAUCUCUGCCAUCGCCGUGGGCGACGAAGUCCCAACCGCGCUGCCAUCCGCGCUCCCCGUCCUGCUCCCGGCCAUCCAGUCCCUCGCCGCCGCGCUCGCCGCCGCCAACCUCUCCUCCAUCCCGGUGUCCACCCCGCUGCCCUUCUCCGUGGUGCUCGACCCGUUCCCGCCGUCGCAGGCCUUCUUCAACCAGUCCCUCGCCAAGUCCUUCCUCCUCCCGCUGCUCGCCCACCUGGCCAACACCUCGGCGCCGCUCAUGCUCAAUCUCUAUCCCUACUACUCGCUGAUGCAGAGCAAAGGCGUGAUCCCUCUCGACACCGCACUGUUCCGGCCGCUGCCGACGUCGCUGGAGAUGGUGGACCCCAACACGUUGCUCCACUACACCAAUGUGUUCGACGCCAUGCUCGACGCCGUGCGCGUCGCCGUCAAGAACCUCAACGCCACCAGCGUCCCCGUGCUGGUCACCGAGACGGGCUGGCCGUCGUACGGCGACCGCAAGACCGAGCCGUACGCUACCAAGGACAACGCCGACGCGUACAACUCCAACCUGAUCAAGCACGUCAUGGAGGACAAGCCCGGCACGCCCAUGGCGCCCGGCGCGCAGGCGAGCGUGUACAUCUACGAGCUGUUCAACGAGGACCUCCGGCCGGGCCCCGUGUCGGAGGCCAACUGGGGCCUCUUCUACGGCAACAGCACGCCGGUGUACCUCCUCCACGUGUCGGGGGCCGGCGGGUUCCUGGCCAACGACACGACGGACCGCACGUUCUGCGUGGCGGCGGACGAUGCGGACGAGAAGGCGGUGCAGGCGGCCAUGGACUGGGCGUGCGGGCCCGGGCGCUCCGGCUGCACGGCGAUCCAGCCCGGGGAAGGGUGCUACUUGCCCAACGACGUGCGCAGCCACGCCUCGUACGCGUUCGACGCGUACUACCAGUCCCAGGGCCGCGCCGCCGGGUCGUGCUACUUCCAGGGCGCCGGCAUGGUCACCACCACCGAUCCAAGUCAUGACAGCUGCAUAUUUCCGGGGAGUAAGCUGCAGAGCAACGUCACCAGAUCUGAUGGCUCAAACACCACUACAGUGCAGACGAGCGACGCUGAGGGAUCCGCAAUAUGGAGACUAAGAACUGGAAGGGAGAGAGGGUUCUUGCUCUUCCUUCGGUUGCUGCUGAGCGUUGUGGUGGUUAUCGUUACGGAUUCAAACUUUUGGACAUGACAGGAGCAUGUUAAUUGUAACAAAACCAGAAUUUUUUGGAGGGCAUGGUAGAGGAGGGGGGUUGGUUUAUGUUUAGUGAUUCUUUAUUGUUAGAUAAGCAUUAAUAAAUUAAUCAUUUUUCUUCAGAUAA